UCACGCAGGCUACACACUGCGACAAACUGUAGACACUGCAUCUCCUGUUAAACAGGUACUUUGUGAACCUGUAUUUCCAACUUAUAAGCGACAGAACCCUCAAUCAUGUCUCAGAGGGAACUGAAGGAGGCGUUUGUCAGUAAUCUCAAUGGGACCAGUCUGCAGGAGGUGUCUCUUGGCUCAUUUCUCGCACCCUUGUGUCUCAUCAACAGAGGUCUGAUUCUGAUCCUCUACCAUCAGGCCAGAAGGACCCUCCCACUGCCACUGCCACUCUUCUCUCACCUGCUUCUAGACUUUUCUGUGCUAAUUCUUCCCCUCGUCCUGUCAUGCACCAUCCUGAGCGACGUUCUUCACCUGGUCAUCGGGGGCAUUUUGUUUGUUUCAGUUUGUGUGCUUUGCUACAUCUAUUGCACCAAGAGUCACGCUUCCAAUCGGCAACCGAAGACCACUGUCAGCACCUUCCUGCAGCGUCAUGUUCAGUUCAACCAGGUUCCUUUUGUGACCAUCUUUAGAGUGUUUGUAAAUGCGAAAACAGCCAUCAGCAUUCUCGCUGUAGACUUUAGCGUCUUCCCAAGGCGCUAUGCUAAAACAGAAACCUAUGGGACAGGGGUUAUGGACUUUGGUGUCGGAGCGUAUGUCUUUGCAAAUGCCCUCGUCUGUCCAGAGGCACGGGGAAAGACCAUCUCUGGAUCCAAGAUCAAUCAUGUCACAAAGCAGCUCAUAUCCGUCUGGCCCCUGGUUGCUCUUGGUAUGGGAAGGCUGGUAAGCUUGAAAAUGAGCAGCUACCAAGAGCAUGUGACAGAAUACGGUGUCCACUGGAAUUUCUUCUUCACACUUGCCAUCGUCAGAGUUUUGGCUUCUAUGAUUUUGGCCGUUUUACCAGUCAGUCAGUCGUUUCUGUUUUCCCUUCUGAUCAGCGGACUUUAUCAGCUCAUUCUGGAGACAUCAGGGCUGAAAGCGUUCAUUAUCCACAACAAUGACAGAGAGAAGGACUUUCUGUAUGCCAACAAGGAGGGCAUAUUCUCUGUGGUGGGCUAUGUAGCCAUCUACAUGGCAGGGGUUCAAGUUGGACGUUAUGUGAUGCAGCCGAGAUCCCAAGUUAAAGAGUGGCUCAAAGCCCUUUUAAACCUCUCAUUUGGUAGUGUUUUGCUGUACACUGCUUUGUACACAUGUCAGUCACUCUUGGAGCCAGUGUCUCGUCGCAUAGCUAAUUUACCGUUUUAUCUCUGGAGUGUUGCACAGUCUUUGUUCUUUAUGUCCUGCCUCGGUUUUGCCGAUCUGGUUUUGCUGUUUUCCAAAAGCAUAUCAGGCUGUCACUUUCUACCUUCAUCAUGGAAUUUGCAUAAAAAACAAUCCGAUUCAGCCUCUGACAAACACAGUGGUGAAAUUGAAAGAUUUUGCAUUGUUCAAGCCAUCAGCAGGAAUCAGUUGCUAUUUUUCUUGAUUGCAAACAUCAUGACAGGACUGACCAACUCGCUAGUGGACACACUUACCUGUAGCAGUUCAUUUUCAGUGUGUGUUUUGUUGAUGUACAUGUUCACGAAUUGCUUUGUCAUAUAUGUUUUACAUCACCGUGGAAUAACGGUGAAAUUCUGGUAAAAUCACAUUUGCAAAAUGAAAUGGUUCAUUUGUAAGUUUUGAUGAUAUUAUUUGCAACGCUGAAGAUACUGUUGUGCAUUAUCUGUCUAUCUAUACAAAUAUGUUUUUGAUCAAAUCUGAAUAAGUGAUGAUUUGAAACCAGUUCCAAAAUGAUUUGUUGAUGUAUAGUAAAAAGUUGAGUAAUUGCUCCCUCAAAUAAGAGCGAUGGCUAAAAUAUAUGAGAUAAUAUACUGCAACUGAAAAGUGGGAAAUGUUAAAGAUUAUGUAUUAAUUUCAAACAAACAUAUUUGCAUUUAAAACUGAGAUGUGACACAUUACAGAAAUGAUUAUGCCUAUUCUGUUGUUACAACUGUUUGUCAGCUGGUCAAAAAUGUAAAUGUUGGCACAGCUUGUUUUGCUCUGCAUGCUCUGCCAUGGGUUGUCGUAGGGAUCAUGGUAGUGGACCUUGUAACCCAGGCCAGUGACCCAGCCCUUAUCCUAACCCCCAGCUACUGUCCCAGAUCCCCAUUUUCCUUGAUUCCUACUGAUGUAGGCCGCACUGUCUUAAAUCACAAUUUUUUAUGAAAUUUGUGUAUCAUAAAAUGUUAUAUUCAUGGUGUAAACCAUACUUGCCUAUACAACAGUCUUUUUGUGUGUGCGUGCGCGUGUGCGUGCGUUUGUUUGAAUAUCAUCCUGUGCUAAUGAAGUACGUUUCUCUGCCAGUAAUAUUUCUCUCUGUGGUAAAAGGUUAUUAUUAUGUACAGUCUCUACAUCUUUAUUGGAUGUUAUAUAUUUUUUCAAUUGCCCUUUGAUUCUCUUUUCUGUCUCAGUCUCACAAUCUGUUGCAGUUAGCAUGUGAAUUUAUCUUAUCGUGUUUGUAUCUUACUAUUUGUCUCUGUCAAGGACGUCUCAAGAAUAAAGCAAGAUGUUGUUGAAACC